CAAUGUUGGAAAGGGAACACCACCGGUAGUUCGAGGGCCUUUGUUUAGAGCAAGGGCGCCUGAAUACUAACUAUCCGUAGGUCAUAUUUUUCUAAUUUUUUCUUCUCAGAAUUCUUUCCCGAGAAAGGGUUUAUUUUUCGUUCAUCAUAACCCUAGAAAGAAGUAAGCAUACAAAGUUCAGAAGGAAAAGGAGAAUUCGCUAAUCAGAAGGUUUUUUGUUUUAUGGACGCAAAUAUGAGGUCUAAGUCACCAGAUGAAUCUGAUGGAAAGCCAUCAUUUCGAAAACCCUCAAAUGAUGGGGGAAAUAGAAAAUAUCGACGCUAUUCUCCUGUGAAUGAACCUGGGUCAUCUUUGUCAGGAAGUCCAAAGCAUGGUAGAAGCCCUAGUCCACCUCUGUCUAGAGAAAAUUAUGCUAAACUCUCUGAUGACUCAAGGAAGAGAAAGGACGAGGGGAGGGAGUCACACAAGCAAUCUGAGCGGCACUCCCACGGGAGAUCCCGAGAUUACCGUAGGGAUGAUGAUUACAGUGGGUAUCAUAAGCACAUGGAUGGGGAAAAGGAUUACAAGAGGUCCUCUAUGUCUGGUCGAGAGUCGAGAAGUAACACCACUGAUUAUUCAAGGCGAGACGGUAAAUCUGAUAGGUCUAGAGGGUAUUCGCGGAACCCAGAUAAGUAUUCGCGAGAUACCCAAGAUGAAUUUCAUAGAGAUAGGGAGAGAGACAGUUCGGCUCUGGAGCGACAUAAACAUAAAGAAAAAUAUAAUUCUUCUGAUGCAGCUGAAGCUGAUAAGACGGUGGAGAGAGAGAUGCGUAACAGGGUUCGAGGGGGAGAACGGGAUGAAACAAGGGACUGUCGUAGGAGUUUUGGAGAGUACAAGAAUGACCAUACAUCCUCCUCAGGCUUCAAGGGCGAGGGAAAAGACUUAUUAAAAGGUAAAGAUAAUAAUGGGAGUCGAGUAAAAGGAUCUCAUGGAAUGGAUGGGCAAAAUGCUGAAGCAGUGGAAAAGCAAAAGCAUAGGGAGGGAGAAUCUGACAGGCUCAAAGGGAGGUACGAUAAAGAAGCAGAUGAAGAUUCUUCAGUAAAAAGGAUGAAGGCUAAUUUAGACAGUGACACUUCUUUUGUGAAAGCUAGAGAACCUGUUCCAAAGUUUGUAUCUGCAUCUGAUGAAAACCUGACUUCAAAUUCCAAGACAGCCCAGGGAAGUGGGGAUGGUACUGUGGCGAAACCUGCUCAAACUUCCUAUAACGAAGCAGAGUUCGCGGAUAGUUUGAAUGCAGCUAAAGUUGCAGCGACGAAAGCUGCAGAAAUGGUGAAUAAGAACCUCGUUGGUGGUGGAUAUAUGUCAACUGACCAAAAGAAGAAAUUGCUUUGGGGAAACAAAAAGAAUGCUGCCACGGAGGAGGUGCAAUCUGGUAACCGCUGGGAUGUACCCCUGUUUGGUGACCGAGAAAGACAAGAGAAAUUCAACAAACUCAUGAGUCUGAGGUUGCGUUGGUACCUAUGGCCAAUUGUAGGGUGUAAAGGGAGAAGUGAAAACACUGGAGCAAACCAGCGAACUACAAGCAGAGAAGCAAAAGGAGCUCCAGCUGGAUUUGGAGAAGCAAUAUACUGCUGGACUACGCAGGAGAGAUGGACGUACUGUUGGGUUAGGUCUAUAGUAGUACCUAUUAGCUCAUUUGUGUUAUCGUUAUCGUAUAUGACUAGGAUGUUCUCGUACAAUUUUCAUUUUCGCUAGACUGGCCUUUGUAUGAAACAUUUUUAUUUUGCUGGGCAAGGUGUUGUUUGUCUUACAAGGGGAAGGGAUCUCUCGACAAAUAUAUGUUUGCUUUUCUUGAGUUCUA